GGCACUCAACCCCCAUGCCGCAGGUAGCUCGGUAGGUAUGAAUUAUUGUGAUAAUAAUAAGUCUAGUCUCUUCCUGUUUCUCUCUUCUCUUCUCUUCUUUUCUUUCUCUUCUGCUAAGUAUAAUUGUAUUUCUCUUUCUCUUCUCUAUUGUUCUUUCGUCGCGCAAGAAAGCGUUUGACUUCACUUCUUAUUAUUAGUAUCUCUUCAGCUAUCAAUAAUCGCAGGUCGAUAGAAUGGCAGUCAGACCAGGAGAAGAUCUCGCAGCUACUCUGUUCGCAGAUAUACAUUAUUACUAUGGUCCACCAACGGUCAAACCUCCUCAUCACCGAUUUGAUAAAGGCUCAUACGUCUAUCUUUUCGAGAAUGCAGGACAGAGAAGAGCUCGACUGGAAAUAGCUAAUAAUGCCGGUACUCCGGAUCAAGAUGCUUUCACUGGUCAUCUUGAUUCUGCUCAUGUCAAAUAUUCCUACAAGCACACCACAUUAGUCACUUUGACUAUAGAUGGGCCAAACGGACAGCAAAGAAAUAGUCCAAUUGGUGCCCAAGAAUGGCAUUUACCAACUUUUGAUCCUCGAAACGAGACUAAGUACAUGUACAGACUUCACACUAUUGAUCUGUACUUCUGGAAUAAAGAAGAUGCACUUAGUUUUGUGAAUGGGGUGCGGAGAGUUCUACCUCAACAUCAAAUUAUGAUUGAAGAUGAGCCAGCACCACCACCAUCUCACGCAGACGAUAUGAGUCCAGUAGUUCAGCAAUUGGAAAACGUAGCUAUCUUGGACCCUUCAUAUCAUCAUGGUAGAACCAAGACAUCUCGAAGUUCUCCUCCAGCUGCUAUUAAUGUUUCAUUUCCUGGGCCGCCAAAUCCCCCCAGCCAACCAUCACAAGCUCCUGCUACUUUUGCGCCGAUGGCAUAUAACCCAGCUGCACCAGCUGCUCCCGAAGCUAUUCAACAUCGAGAAAAGACACCCCCGCCAGAAGAUGGGGCGGGAAAUCCACUUGUCCACGCUGCAACUUCUGAUCAAGGACAAUUCUCUCAGCCAUCACAAUUUCAGCAACAUCCAAGCUUUUCGACACCUGCUUCACCACCACAAUUCCAAAGACAGCAAACUUUCCCAAUGAUGUCUCCACCUCAACAGCCGGCGCACGGACAAGGAAGCUUUUCUGGAGCAACCCCACCACAACAUACCAAUACCCCUCCAAACUCGAACUAUUUCCCCAGCUCUGUUUCAUCUACAUCUGGACUUCGCUCUCAAUUUUCUCAACAGUUCGCAGCCCAAACCCCUUCAUUUGCACCCCCACCCACCGCAAAUUCGCCAAACACAUUCGCACCACCCCCAACUGACAGCACCCCUCCCCUCCCAACUCCCACUGGCCCCUCUCCUCCCGCCUACUCCUCCCCCCCUGUCUCCCCCAACCAACCCACAACUCAAUACGCGACCUUUCCCUCUAAUCCCUCCUACGCAGCCCAUAACCUACCCACCCCCGGCCUCUUCUCUCCCGGUUUCGCCCCCCAGCACCAAAACCCACCUAUCUCCUCUCCAGCCCCCGGUCUCCAACCUCUCUCCCCUCCAGGAGGCUUCUCAAACUACACAUAUACAGGCGCACAAACCAGUUCCGGCCAACCAUUAAUGUCAGCCAAUGAUUACAGCAUCCAUCAACAAGUCUACAGACCUACAGAAAUCGAAGUAAAGAUGAAAAGGAAGGGAAGCGGAAAGGGGAAAAAGAGCGAUGAAAAGAAAGAUGGAAAGGAAAAAGGACCAAGAGGCCGAUUGGAAGAUAAUGCUGGUAGAUUGGAGAAGAGCGUCACGGGAAUGUUGAAGAAGCUCGAGAAGAAGUAUGGUUAGGGGGUUAAAUUGUGAUGGGAAGGGAAGGGAUGGGAAACUCUGGAUGGCGAAUUAAUAAAUUGCAGAUAAACCGCAUCCCGAUGACUUUCGAUUCGAGAAUAUCAGUCCAGAGUCAAGAUGUCAUCGAUAUAUCAGGCCUGCAGGAACUCGAUAUCGGAUCAUGAAAUUGAAAUGGAAACCUACGGCUUGGGACGAAAACGGAGGAAUUUGCAAAUAUUCGAUCGAUCAAUCAGCCAACCAUGCAUCUGAUAAAGAUAAAGAAAGACGAACAAAAUAGUCGGAAGAGAAGGGACAAGGAAGAGACUGCUGAGAUUAAUAUCAUAAUGUUGUAAUAUUGUCCGCAGUGAAGUAAGGUUGUGUAUUUUAUUAUUAUCUUUAUGUAUGUAAAAAUUGUUGGUUGGUAUUCUCUCUCAUCUCAUCUCAUAUUGUCUCUUUUUGCAAGGACGACUUAACUAGGUAUUUAUCUAUCUCGCCACUUAUGCUUGGGAUUCGUUUAUUCUUAUUUCUAUUAUUCGGAUGGGGAUGGAAUGGAAUGGGAUGGUAGGAUGGGAUGGGAUGGGAUGGGACUGAAUAGCAGGAUAGGAUAGGAUAGGAUAGGAUAAUUCAAUUCAAAAUAAUUCA